GCUUUGAACUGUGAUGGUGAGGACAUCUAACACUUAAUCUGCUGUUCCUGCAGAGCAAGAUUUUCACAUUUUCCUAAGAGGGUCUUAUAAGUGUAUUAAAGAUGGGGGUCUGGUGGGAUAAAGUAAUUAAGCUUAUAUGGAUUAUCUUUAAUUUGACUAUUUCAACUGGACUUUUAAUCAUUAGUAAAGGAACAUCAUUGUUUUUAAUUUCCCAGCUGAAGAUGAAUAAUGAAACAGUUCCAAUCUGUGACCUUGAGGUUUGUAAAAAAUAUGAGACAUCCUUUGAAAGUGUUCCAACUCUCACAUGGAAGCUUUGCAUAUUUACGAUACUGAUAUUUCCUGAAGUUCUAAGUAUGAUGAUUACCACUUAUCAAUCUCUGAACAUCAUCUGGAGAAUUAAAGAAGAGAUAUACUGGUUUAGUAUAUGUUUGGAGAUCCUUUGCCAAACCUUACAUGUCACUGGUAUGCUCUUGCUAGUCUUUGUUACACUGCCAUCUUUAUCCAUUGUAAACAUUCUAAUAAUGUUUAAUUGUUGUUUAUUUGUUCCAAACAUUUCGCGAAUUUUUAUGGCAGAAGAACGAAAAAUAGUUUAUUUGGUUCUUGAUAUUUUGAGUCUGGUAAUUGGAGUCACAGGAUUAGUACUGAUGGUUGUAUAUAGUACUGAUGAUGUUGACUGGAUUUUACCUUUAGGAUUAACUUUAGCCUCUUUUACAUGGUGGAGAUGCUUCUUUCCUGACAGGGUAACAAAAGAAAAAAACACAAAACUUUUUAAGUACAAUACUCUCACAACCAUGAUUUCAUCAUAUUGGAAAAUUUUCGCCUAUUCAGUUGGAUUCAUAAUAGUUCUUUACGUACAAGAUGAAUUGAAAAACAACACUGACACAAUGGGAUUUGAAUUUGAUAACCAAGUCAUAUUACAGUAUAAGCCACCAUCACCACCCUUUCUACCAUUAAAUGAUACCAUGGACAUUUGCUUUCCAGGAUCAACCGUAGCAUAUCCUGAUCAAAAUGACUGUUCUGGAUUUUGGGUACGAAAUUGUACAUCUUAUCUUCCAGAUGUACCAAGCUUAAGCUAUGUUCAGUGUCCUGGAGAUAAAGUAUUUGUUGGAAAGCAAGAUUGCCCUUUUGUUAACAAUGAGUGUUGCAGUGAAGACCCAUGGAUCAGUUUAAAUUGUACUAGUUACAAUUGUACUAAUAGGGAUAACAUUACCAAUAAGGAUAACACUUCAUAUCUUGUUUUUAAAUUUCCAGACAACAAAAAUAGUUUCACAGACUGGAGGAUUGACAUUGAAACAACAUCUCUUGGUAGAAUUUAUCCAGUUCUUGUUAUGCUUAUUCAAAUUGGUUCAACAUUUCUAGCUUACAAAUCAAUCAUAAUAGGAUGUAAAAGCCAAAUAAAGAUAUUGCAGAUAGAAAUAGCUUUGGGACUUCCUGUUAUUCUUUCAAUAACUCUGACUUAUGCUAUAGCAUUGUUUGUUUGUGAUGACUUAAGCGAUCAAUGUAAACUGUCUCCAGUUAUCCCUAGCGGUAUAAUAUUUUCAUGUGGAACAUCUAAAGAUGAGUUUUACAGCCUAUUCAAAAUAGUCUACAUACUCGUAUUUGUGGCUGAAUUGUGGAUUUGUAGGCAUAUUUGGGUGCAAACCACUUCAAUCAUGGCUAAGUCAGACACCAUGUUCUCAAGCUUAUACUAUAACUCUAUACUCAUAGAUCAGGCAUUACUAAUUCAGAGAAGAUCUAACGAGAAAAUUACUAAUGUGUCAGGUUCAGGAAUACGUUGUAGAAAAGUGAAAAUCAAAGCCUGUGCUACAAUGUGGCAUGAAACAGGAAAGGAAAUGAUGAAGCUUCUUAAAUCUGUCAAAGGCACCAUAACAAAACUCAAUACCAUUGGAGGAAAUCGCCAUGGUUGUAUUUGGGAGACACAUAUUUUUUUUGAUGAUGCAUUCUCUAAUGGCGAACUAAACUCAUAUGUCAAAGAAUUCUUAACUGCCAUGAAAGAUGUGUUUCAAGAACAAACUUGCACAAUAAUAGAAACUCCAUAUGGUGGUGAAUUACAGUGGAAAAUACAGGGUACUACAUUUGUUUGUCACCUGAAGGAUAAAGUUAAAAUUAAAAAUAAGAAAAGAUGGAGUCAAUGUAUGUACAUUACAUUUUUCUUAAAAGAACAUCUGUGCAAUCUGAGCUUCAGAAUGAAAAAGCAUCUUGAUGAAAAUGAAUAUAUUCUAGCUUUAGAUGGUGAUAUAAUUUUUAACUUUGAUGCUGUUGAGAAAUUAAUAGAUGUUGCAAAGCAGGACCCUAAAGUUGGUGCAGUUUGCGGUCAAAUUCAUCCAGUUGGUAAAGGCUUUAUCCCCAUAUAUCAGAAAUUUGAAUAUCAGUUGGGUCACUGGUUGCAGAAAUCUACUGAGAGUAUUCUUGGUAAUGUACUGUGUAGUCCAGGCUGUUUUUCUCUCAUUCGGUUAAAGGCUUUAAUUCAUCCAUCUAGUUAUGAUCAAAAAUUGAUAGUGGACUCAGAGAGUGAAGUGGACUAUGGAUACACAGAUGAUGUGCACAAUAACUAUGCAAAGAAAUUGGAAAAGAGUUCCAUUGAGAGAUAUCUUACUGAGUCAAGUGAAUCCAUGCAUUAUGUUCAGUAUGAUCAAGGUGAAGAUAGAUGGCUUUGUACUCUUUUGAUUGAAAGAGGGUGGAAGAUACAGUAUUCUGCUCUCAGCCACUGUGAAACUGCAUGCCCUGAAACCUUUGAUGAGUUUUAUAACCAAAGGAGAAGAUGGUCUCCAUCAACUGUGGCUAAUAUUUGGGAUUUGCUUUAUAAUGGAGGACCAACUCUUCUAAAACAUGGACAUCUAUCAAUUCUUCAUAUUCUUUAUCAAUUGCUUAUUUUAAGUGCAUCUUCCAUUGGACCAGGAAGUGUGUUUUUGAUGCUUGUGGGAGGAACAAAACUUGCAUUUCAAAUGACAAACUGGACUGCUCUGAUUAUCAAUGCAUUGAUAAUUUUAGUUUACCUUAUGGUUUCCAUAUUUUCUCAAAGAAAAAAUCACAUCCUUGUGGCUAAAGCAAUAAGCCUUGUUUAUGGAUUAUUUAUGAUUACCAUUUUGAUUUCUAUGAUUAUAGAUUUCAAACAACAAUUUGAACGCUGUACUCUCACCCCUUCAAUACUAAGUUUAUCUAUUACAACAAGUUCCUUUCUGUUUGUUGCUAUCCUACACCUGUUUCAGCGCCCAAGUAUGUCCCUCAAAUUUUUCUUCCAGACAGAUCUUCUAAAAUUUGCAUUUGCAUCACUAGUCUUCUUUAUCACAAUUCCUUGCAUGUUCCUCCUACUUCCUUUCUUUUGUGUGUUCAACAUAGAUGAUAUUAGUUGGGGGACAAGAGAAAGUAAGGAUGAUGUAAAGAUAAAACAAAAAUCGGAAAAAAAGAAAAGUGUCAUCUAUAAAAUACAAAGGCGAUCCGGUAUAAUCUGUGAAGAAACCCCCCAACAAAUUAAUGAAAUUUUAAGACUUGGCACUAGCUGGAUUCAAGAUCUGAUUGCAUUUGAUAAGAAAACAACUAUGAUUGUAAAAGUUUUAGAUGAGAAAGAAAGUGGAUUUUGGAGCUUUGUUUUGGAAGGAGAAAGUGAUCAUCAAUCCAAUUAUCAAGAGUUUUUAAAAUCUUCAUUGAAACCAACUCCAGCUUCGAAAGCUCAAAUGAAAGAAAUAUCUUCAGGCUUACAGGCAAUGAGAACUGAAAUAUUCCUAAUAUUUCUUUUCUUAAAUGCAAGCUGGAGCUUUGCAAUCUUCUGGAUGCAGCAAGCAUUUGAAGAUGAUGGAACUUUUGGACUUAAUUGGACAUUUUGCCCACUUUCAGAAGGAAUUUCCGGAAACAAUAGCUAUACAAGCUCAUCUGCAGACUUAAUGCCUGCAAUUAAAUACUACCAAGUGGAUCCCAUUAACACAGUAUUUCUUAUUCUUUUCAUCUUUAUUUUGAUACUUCAGAUGAUAGGCAUGCUUGUUCAUAGAAUACAGACAAUGGGACAUUGGCUAGCAGGGGUUUCAAUUUUUACCAACAAAAAGAAUAGUGGUAUGAAAGAAGCAAGUAUACCAGAACACUCGCCUAGAGCAAAUUAUCAUUCUAGUGUUAAAUAUCAGAACUCAAGAAAAAAUAACGAUCACACUGCACAAUCAGAAAAUAAAAAAGUAAAACGGUUUCCCUCUAAAGCUGCCUUAAAUCAGACUACAGAAGAGAUGAAAAGAAAAGAGGAAGAACCAAAUGAUUUUAGAUCUUCAAUUCAUCCUCAACCACAUCUUGCACUUUCAAGUGAUACAGUUGAUCAUGCUAAUGAUACUAUUCAUGUUUACAAUGUUUAUGAUUCUAUUCAUAAUUCUGAAUCUGAUGGAGAAAUGUCCAGUUCUUCAAGUUCAUCAGCAGAUGUAAAGAGAGUUUAUACAAUCAAUAAUCCCACCCAAGAGAAGAAGCUCAAAACUGACCAAAUCAAACGAACCAAAUUAUCUCCAACAUCCUCUCACAAAAACAGUGCACUGGAGGACUUUACAACAAGAUGCUAAUUCAAUUGGUAUUGUUGAAUGCUUGAUCAUGGCUUGAAUGUAAGGAUGAUAAUGAUGCUAAUUUGUAUUUUUCUUAUCUUAUGCAUCUUUAAAAUUUCUGUAAAUUUCUGUUAAUAAAUUAUCAGUAUUUAAA